ACCAUCACCACCAUCAUCUUCCUCUGCCGUCGCUCACCAUGUCACGCACAUCCGCAUCGGCCUCACCAGGCCCAUCCACAAUGGCCUUUCUGACCAUGUACAACCAACAUGACGCACCCAAGCCCUUUAAGCGAGUCCCCGCCUACUCGACUUCCGCCUCUGGCCGUAAGCGCAACUAUAAGCAGAUCAUCGCUCUGGAGCAAGAAGCCGCAUUUGAAUUGGGUGGAGCUGCUGGUGGAGCAGCCGGAAGCAAGAGGAGAAAGGGCGGUAAGCUAGGUGCGGGUGGAAAGAAGGAGGCGGGAGUAAUGAGUGCGGAUGGACGAUUGUUGCAGGGGGCGGCGGCGAAGCAGGCUAGACGAAGGGAAGACCGGCUGAAGAAGGAGGCGGAACAGGCUGCGAGGGAAGAGGCAGGGGAGGAUAUUAGUGGAACCGCUACGCCUACUGGCGAAUUGACGGCUGGAGGAAGCGGGGAUGGGGAUGAGAGCAUGGCUGAGGGAGAUGCCGAUGCGAGCACAAUCACGCCGACGGAGGAAGAAUUGGAACAGCAGAGACUGGAAGAGGAGGAGCGCAAGAGGAAGAGAAGUCUGCCGACUUAUCUCUCGGUCGAGGCACCUCCUUCCCUUCGUCCAGCCAAGAAGUACUGCGACGUGACCGGCCUAAUCGCCCCGUACACCGAUCCCAAGACGUCACUGCGCUAUCACUCUGCCGAAAUCUACGAGGUGAUCAAGACGUUUGGACCUGGCAUCGAUCAGGCGUAUCUCAGCUUGAGGGGCAGGGGGUCGACGCUAUUGUAACUGUCUUCUCUUUCGGGCGAUUAAGCCAUUGGACACUGUAGAAGCACUUGAGCAAUAAUACCACGAUGUACAUUCA